UGCUAGUGGCAAAUGCAAUGGAAGACGGCCAAAGUAAAGAGGUGGAGGAUAUUCUUCGACUUAAUGUUGGAGGUUGUAUGUAUACUGCUAGGCGUCAAUCUUUAUGCCGUUUUAAGGAGUCAAUGCUAGCAUCCAUGUUCAGCGGGCGGUUUCCUCUAAAAAUGGAUGACUCAGGAGCAUGCCUUAUUGAUCGAGACGGCAACCUCUUUAAAUACCUCCUAGAUUACCUUCACGGUGAUCUUCGGAUUCCAGAAGAUGAGCAAACCCGAAUUGCAUUGCAGGAAGAAGCUGAUUACUUUGGCAUUCCUUACCCUUAUAAUCUCGCUGACCACUUGGCCAACGAAAUGGAGACGUAUUCUUUAAGGUCAAACACCGAGCUUAAAAAGGUGCUAAUAGGUUUUUGUGACUCUUAUGGCUUAAUAUGCAUUAAACCUACUGUUUGGGUCCUACACUAUCUCAGCACUUCUGGAGCCAGCUGCGAGAGUCUAAUAAUUGGUGUUUAUGCCACAAAAGCUGAUGGAAUGGCUGCAGUUGAAAAACAACUGGAAGGGCGAAUUCAUAGUAAAAACAUUUAUAAGAGAGAGGCUGGGAAUAAUGUGCAAUACAUCUGGAGCUAUUAUUCAGUGGCCGAGUUGAAUAAGAUGAUGGAUGCAUUUGAAGCAUGGGAAGGGCAAGGAGUGAGUUACUGGCGAGUUCCGCAGGAACUGAUAGAAUGCUGGACUCUGGAGGAGCGUCCUAUAAAAGGAAGCCUGCAAAACAUGUCUCCCGUCCCUAAACGGCGGUUAAUAGACUAUAGCGAAGAGGAAGACGUCUCUGAGGUCAGCAGAACUGGUCGAAAGCACAUUCAGUUUUCAGGUCCCUCAACGAGUACCAGUAUCAAAGUUAAAAACUCUGCUUCCUUAAAGAUAGCAGCAUGUCGUGCAUCUUCUCGGUCCCAAGUGACUCUUAAACGACCCUCCAGGGACAGUUUGUUACCACGCAAAGUCGUAACGAAAACGCCACCUUCAGAAUCCGUAUCAUUGACUAAAAAUGCUCAGGCGUCACUUAGGAGUGCUGAGAAUGGGACAGUCGGUGAAAAAGCUUUGAAGGCCCCGUCACCCAAGAAACCCGCAACCAGUCGUGUGAUAAAACUCAAGCGGACUCCACUUCGCAAAACGUCCGAGCAGCAAAUUCCAGCUGUUGCAGUUGCCUCCAAUUCUGCAUCCCCGAGCCGUGAAGAAUUUGGUUUCUCAUUGGAAAGUGCUAAUAUUAAAAGCCAUUUGCAGAGUGGCUCAGCCCAGUGA